CAGUGCCACUGAAGCUUCAGAGAAAAGGACCUGCAGAUUUCAUGAGCUCAGAGCGAAAAAAAAAGAACAAAACUGACUGAUGAAGGGAAUCAAGUGAUGAUGAAGAGCAGGAAAAUGUGAUGUUGUGAGAGUUCAGAGAGUGCUGGAAACUUUCAUCAGAGGUUUUGUAAGGCUGAAGAGGAAGUGGGGGACGUACAUAAAGGAUAGCCACACCAACUCACUGUCUCUGUUCACUCAUUCGGCAGCCACUACUGGAGGGAAAAAAUGGACCUGCCACUGACCCUUCCUGUGGUCCUACUUCUCUGCGCCCUUAAUGCUGUUGUUUGGGCGUGUCCGGAUCAGUGCAAAUGUCAAGGAACCAAGAUCCUCUGCAGUGGCCUCUCUGAUUUCCCCACAGCUGUUCCCUCAUCUACCACUGCCCUCUACUUCUCCAACUGCAGUAUCUACUCUCUGAAGCCAGAAGACCUGAGUGAUUUCUCUAAUGCCCUUGGCAUCUUUGUGAUUAAAGACACUGUUCUGAGAGAAGUGCGCCCUGGCACACUCGAUUCCACCCUGAAUAUGGGUGCUCUAGGGUUUAGUGGCACCGAACUGCAAGAUCUUCCUGAGGCUUUGUUUCAAAAUCUUCAGAAGCUUGAGUCUAUGAAUCUGAAGAGCAAUAGACUUCUGGUACUACGCCCUAAGUGGUUUUCCACGCUGACAUAUCUGAAAGCUCUUGACCUUAGUAAGAACCUUUUCACCUCUGUACCUGUGGAAACCUUUCAUCCUCUUACUGAGCUACAUUACCUUUUUCUUUCCGGAAACAACAUCAGUCAACUGUCUAGAGAGACAUUCAAGGGUCUUUCUAACCUUAAAACCUUGCGACUUAGUAAAAACUCACUGCGGGAACUCCCUAUGGGCAGUCUGGAUGACCUUGGAAACCUGGAGGAACUAUCUCUAAAUGACAAUCUAAUCACUCACCUCCACCAUGACCUGUUCUCUAAGACUCCGAAGCUUGAGAAGCUGUUCCUCUCUCAUAACAGGCUUACAUCUCUUACACAAGGGAUCUUCUUAAACCUGCCACUCCUUUCCCAAAUCUCACUGUAUGAAAACCAGCUGGAGAGUCUGGGUCCAGGGGUGUUUGGGCCCAUGGCCGUGCAGGAGUUGUGGCUGUAUGACAACAAGCUGAGCCGUGUGGAGGAUGACACAUUCAAAAAUCUAACUCAGUUGCAUCUCCUGGUGCUUAGUCGCAACCAGAUCAGCUAUGUUUCUGCUGGGGCCUUUAGAGGGUUGGAGCAGCUGGGAGAGGUAUCACUUCACACCAAUCAGCUCACAACCCUGCAAGCUGGGACUUUCCAAGGUCUGCCCAGUCUGGUCAACAUUUCCUUGGAGCACAACUUCAUCAGCUCCCUUCCUCUGGAUUUUCUGCAGGGUCUGAGUCACCUAGGACAGAUAGACUUUAGAAACAAUUCCCUUCCCAACCUGCCACAGGAAAUUCUAGAUGCGCUCACCGUGGCAGACGAAGUACUCCUGCAGCAGAACCCCUGGAGGUGUGACAAGGACAUUGUGCCCCUUAGGGAUUGGCUGAUACGGCAUCCAUCCAAGGCCAACCAAACCCUCGUGGUGUGUGAAGUACCUUUCAGUAUGAAUGGUGAGAUGAUUGCAGUGAUGACAAAUGAGAACCUGAUGCCUCUCAGCUCUACCAAGGAGCCUGUGUUGACCUCAACGGAGAAGAGGAGGAAACCCAAUACCCCUCCAACCAGACGAAGCACUUCCUCACCUGCUGUCAAGGCCACACCCACCGCAGAGCAUGAAGAGGUCACCAGCAGCGGACAAGGGGAAAAGGGAACGGUUUCUAAUGAUACUUUGAUCAUCCUUAUCAUCAUCGCAGUGGUGUCCACUGUCAUCAUCAGCACUGUCAUCAUCAGCUGUGUGUGCUGGAGGAGGAACAAGAGAGGCCGGGGAAAUAUAGGCCGCAGAAAUAAGAACUCUGUGCUGUAGACUAAAACACCCAACAUCAGUAACCCAAGAACUUUUAAAGCCAAGGGAAACUGCUCGCUGAUUAGUGUGGUUUACUCGGAAAAACUGGAGCAUAGAGUUGAUUUUAGAGUCUCAACGGCAUAGAAAGAACCUCUUCAACUCCUUCUUCUUCAUCUAGAACAAAUAAGUAAACAGAUUUUCUUUUGAAUUCAUUAGCAUUCAGUUUUUACUUAUCAAAUUUACCAGCCAGGAAUGUGUGCUGUAAAAAGAGACACUCUUACACAGUAACUGUAAAAACACCCACCUUGCAAUUAUGUGGGACACUGGGACAUUUUGAUGAAUGUAAACUCAAAUGCACUGAAACAGUGUACUUCUUCAGUGAAAUUUAGACUGCACCCAGUAUUCUGUUCGAUGGUUUCUCAUUUUUCAGGAUUAAUUGUUGCAGUUUGACAAUGAUUUUUUGUGCUAACAACAACACAUUUAGAACAGUUUUACUUUUUCUGCAAAAGGGCUAUCCACACAAAAUCAAAGACAUAAUUUUUACUCCACUGUAACACAAUUCAAUGCAAAAUGUUUCUCUACAUUGAAUAAAUGCACUGCUUUUAGUGGGAGCAAU